CGCAUCAUCUUCAUCUCAGCACAAAGCCCCGUCACUAGCCUCGAACGAUGCCUUGGGCGGAAUUGGUUUUCGCAAUAUGGAAAAUGGAUCGUUGGUGUCAAAAGUUGCAGUCGAAUAUUUCGACCCUUCGGGUGUAUUCCCUUUGAUCUCACGGCAGCUCCAAUCUCUCCUGCCGCUUCGUGAUUUACACUGGAAGUCGCCUACUAGACCACUUCGAUCAAUUCAUUCUCUGCACGUUGAUCUUCAAGCAGCCAAAGAACCAGACCGACCAGGUUCCAAACACGGGGCACAAGGACUAGAUCGUGGCUCGGCAGCAGGCGUUCCUGGGGAGCGGCGGCACCAAAUUCCUGGACUGAGGCAGACACCGUAUCUGAAGAUUUUCUUCCUCCGUUGCGAUGAUAAUGAGUCCUACAGGGCUACCGCUCGAAAGGAUCUGAGAGACUGGCUGAAGUCUCACACUCCCGCAUCUCAAAGUAGCUCAUCAAGAAACUCACAGGAAAAUCAUGACGCCUUCGAAUGGCUUAUUGUCCACGUGGUACUUCCCAAUACCAACGCCGCCGGUCAACCGCGGAGCAGUGGAUCCUAUUCCAAGUUUGAGAAUGUGGCGGCUGAGAAAUCUGCUAGUUCUUCUAAGCUCCUUGGUCGCGGCUCAAGCACAAUUCUCGAAAAAAUCAAAGCCGAUUUCAAUAUUUCAAGUAAAUCUGCACCGGACAGGGUUGUUCAGAUACGAUUACGUCCCGAUGAUCUACCAGCAGAACUAGUCCCGCCCAGAACACCAUCAACUGGACCAGACUAUCAAGAAUCGGCCCAAGAACGUAGCAAUGCGUGGCAAGAAUUAGUGAGCAAGCUCAAGAUACUCAUUUUGUCAUCGUUCACUCUGCGAGUCAGUCAAUACGAGGACGACAUUCGGGAACGUGAAUCUCAGAAAGCUUUGCCGGGUUGGAACUUCUGUACCUUCUUUAUGCUCAAGGAGGGGUUGGCUCGCGGCUUCGAAAGUGUUGGGCUCGUUGAGGAUGCGCUUGUUGUCUACGAUGAGCUCUCUGUAGGGCUUGAGAACACUGUGGAAGGCGACGACGAGGAUCGAAUGAGCACUCGCAGUGAUUCAUUUCUGAAAUAUACUAAGGAAAUGAAGGACAUUCUCCUGCAGAGUCUAACUAGCGAUUCCACAUCAGAUGUAGUUUGGGAUAGUGACACACCAAUUGUGUCCACAUCUCGAAAAGACUACAGAAAUCUGAUUGUGAACAGCAACGUCUCAUUACUUGACUUUCAGUGCUAUAUUUUUGCACGCCAAAUGUCAAUACUGUUGAGAAUGGGUACAUCUCAUGUUGAUGAAGAGGUGAACCCAGGACAAGGUGGUGUAAUGAAAUCAAGCAACCUGGCACCUUUCUCGGAACUCUGCCAACGCUGCGCAUUAUUUAUCUCGAAAGCGUCGCGCACACUGAAGACAGAAUUGAUACAAGCUUCUAGGGCUCAGGGAAUUGAUUCACCAAUGUCCCUUGUCGACAAUAUUAUAGCCUCAUUCGCAUUUGCUGUUGCACAGCAAGUGUUAGAGGUCACCGAUGUUUCAUCUCUCACCAAAACGCAUAAAGAGUUAGUCGCCGGAGGCCAUCACCAGACUAUGGAGCGGUUGCAACAUCCUGUAAGACGAAGCUCACUGCAACCGUCUGUGCGCAGCACGACAUCAAGUUAUAUAAACCCGAUUGCUCUUCUGAAAGAUGUUGAAGAAAAACUUUCGCAACAACCAGUUGGUGAUGAGACCAGAAUGACUGUGAAUCACGACGUACGUAUUCUAGCGGGAAACAGAGCGGACUUGCUAUUCCUCCAAAGACAAAUUACUGAAAAGAUCGCAAGCAAAAAUGGUUGGACUGUUGGCAUUUCGAGCCUCACGAAGGACGAAAAAUCCUACUCGGAGGUCGAUCUCGAACAUAAUCCUGACCAAGAGGCGUCUCGUCUUGGUGAUGCAUCCAACUUUCGCGAAGCGCGUGGCAUUCUUGUGAAGUCAUUGCUUGAAGCAUUAGCUUCUGCCAGCGCACUUUCUACAUGGUAUGAAGACAUCACGCAAUUGAUCCUAGAGCAGUGUGCUCUCGCUCUCAGGUUAAAAACAAGUCAGCGCCUUGUCGUUGAUUUGGCUAUUCUCAGAUACAAUUCGAACGACUUUAGCACAGCCGCUACUUACUUGAGUCGAGUUCUCCCAUCCUUUUCCAACCAUUCGUGGAGUCGAAUUGGUACGGAACUCGCGAAAUUGCACUCUCGAUGCUUGAGGAAGCUAAACAAGAAGGAUGACUUUGUUCGCACGACUCUGGGGAUUCUAUCCAAAGAUAUUCACAUGACAUCAUCGCCGAAUUAUUCAGUGUAUAGCUUCGACCCUGUUCAUACUCAAGUAUCUCAUGACUUACUUGAAGAUGUGAUAAGUGUGUCGCAAGAUCUUCCAUGCGAGGCCAUUUUCCCACUCACCGAUUUCUUUGACCACAUUAACAUAGGUCCCUUUAUUCAUCAUCUAUCAGACCAAGAUGGCUUCGAACUUGAACUCAAAAUUCGAUAUCUCCUACAUGUCAGGCUGCCGGCCGACGUUGUCCGAAUCAAGUUAAGAUGUGUUGAUCCACCAUUUCAAGUUCUCUGGCUGGAGCCAACUUCCGUGACCACAUUCGUACCAGGCAUAAAUCAGUUAAAAUUGAGAGCUAAGGCAAUUUGCACAGGCUUUUUCACGGUAGAAAAGCUUCUCAUCCAGUCGAAGAAGCUCAGUUUUGAAACAGACUUGACCAGAACAGAAGUAUUGGAUAUUCCGAUGCCAUAUCCUACUUGCGCCAGCGAAGAAGGGCAAGACGUAGCCCGCCGUCCUCAAAUCCUAUGUUAUUCAACAGAUGAAAGUCUAAGCAUCGAGAUCGAAGCUUCUCGUGACAUCCAUAUCGAUAAAGCGCGUUUUUUGGAUAUUGUUAUCUACACAGGACGAAAUGAAAUACAAAAAGGACAUCUGCAUAUCAAAGCAGGCUCGGCAGGUCUCCGACUGAUGGUCGCUGAUGCAAUGCUCGUAAGGGGUGAGGCCACAAUUGUCCAAGGGAAAGGACCUGGCACUCUCGAACUUGCAAAUCUCGCUGCACAGUCGACAAUCACGAUUCGAUUGCCUUAUGAUCUCGAGAGCCAUCUACCGAAGAUCAAUAUCGGCUUGGAAUGUACAUAUACAACACCUGCAGGGACAUUCAAGUUCCUAUCAAGUCCAUCAAUUGCUGUCGAUUUAAUGCUGGAUGUUAGUGUUCAUGAUCUCUUUCGAGAGACUCGGCUAUAUUCUCGAUUUCAAAUCAGAGCAUCGAAGAGCAUACCUUUACUUGUGACGUCAGUCAAGUUACAAGACUCUGAUCGUUAUCAUGCGGAGGCUCCUCCCUGCAACUUGAUGCCUUUGCUUGUUUUCCCUAAACAGGAAGGCUCAAUCUUAUACAUAAUCGAACCUAAAACGCACGACGGCUCAGCGAGACAGUCUUAUAAAAACGAAGAACCACUACAGCUGCAUGUGUCAUUUUUGCCGUUGAACGAAUUAAUCUUCGAGAUUGCGGAGAAAUCAAUGUUGCAAGCACUUAGAAAGACCCGCCUGGGCUUCUUAACACAGUUCGUCCGAAAUGCCAUAAUUCAGCCACUGCGGCAUUUGGAUGGAGAGUUGCUCGAAGAAGCUGCUUUGUUAGGAGAAAUUUGCCUUCCAGAGCCUUCGCACAUGGGCUGGAACGAGGUUGUUGAAUGUCUAGAGCCUGGUCUUCGGCAUGAACUUGGGCAAUUCCUACGACAGUGGCAUGAGGAUAAUAGAUUGAUCGCACUAGAUACUUCCGCAUCUGCCAAUGCCCAACAUCGCGUUCAGAACAUAAGCAUUAACGUGCCGCUGCCGGAUCUGCAUGUUCUACAUACGGCGAAAUUGUCCUUGCCCGGAAAAUCGGUUGUUACGCACGGGUCAGUCAUCCCCGUCAUAGUAACCGUGACAUAUACUCGGAGAUGGUGGAAUCCGUCUUCAGUUUCGCCAUCAACAGAUGCGGCAGAUCAUUCAUCUGAAUUCCUUCUGGAGAUCGACGCGCCUCCUGAUGUAUGGCUUCUUGGCGGACAGAGACGGGCGCGCUAUUCAGCUAGUGAAGGACAAGAGACUCGGUUCGAACUCAUGCUGGUCCCCCUAAAGACGGGCAAGUUGCUACUUCCUGAGGUGACCAUCCGUCCCAGUGCUGGGGCAAUGGAAGACAAUAGAUGCGAAACUGAUUACAGGAGUCUGGGCGAGACGGUUCACGUGGUGGCCAAUGCCAGUGACGUAACAAUCGGACUAAAUGAGACGAGCAACGGCACAGAAGUCGUGUUGAUGGGAAGCAGGCGAAGACAGUUGGAGUGAGUUGCGAUGCAGUGGGUAGAACAGGUGGAAUUUUAUUUCUUCGAGACGACAAAACCGUGAAAAAUAUCAUCGGACUAGCCGAGCAGCAGGAGGUUGGAGUGACGUUAGUUCUAGAACUUAGUUUUUUUUUUUUCU